GGACACCAUUUGGCGGCCGAUGCGCAUUCCACAUUAUAGAGUUCAGUGGGGUGAAUUCAUAACAAACGAACAGCUGUCGUGGUGUGGUGGGGUUGUCGUUGUCGCUCUCCGCGGCGGCUGGCGGAAUACCUAUAAUGGAAAUUUAGAACGGAAAUAUCCUUUGCUUAGAUCUUAACCAUGCAUCAAAACGAAUCUGCUGGAUUUGGUCAAGAGCAACCAACCUCAACCCAUUUCUGAAAACGCCACUUAUUGCAGUCAAAUCAAAAUGAUGCCAAGGAUAAAUGUACCAUGUCUGAGUGGCAUGCUCAGCCAGCGACUUCAGGGACUGCUGAAGGCUACAGCACCCAUUUGGACGCCGGUUCUCACCACACUGACGCUGCUCAUCUGUACAAUUCUUCUGGUCACUCAUACACUGGCCACCAUCCAUAGCUAUCAAGGCUACUGGUCCGAGAGUCGCUCGCCGCUGGCCGCCGAGGGGCUCGGCUACGCGAUAGUGAUCGACGCCGGCAGCUCGGGCAGCCGGGCGCACAUCUACGUGUGGCCCCCGCACACGGGCAACCGGAAGGACCUGCUCAACAUCCAGCCGCUGCGGGACCACAGCGGACAGCCGCGCGUCCACAUGAUCACUCCCGGUCUGUCCUCCCUCCGGUUCACCCCCGAGCGGGCCGGCGACUACGUGCGACCCCUUCUCGACUACGCCGCCACCCACAUCCCGGCCGAGAAACACCGCGAGACGUCGCUCUACAUCAUGGCCACGGCCGGCAUGAGGCUGCUCUCCAAAGACACCCAGACGGCCAUUAUCGAGAACCUGCACCGGGCCAUCGGACGGCGAUACCAGUUUCUGCUGGCCGAGAACAACAUCCAGGUCAUCUCGGGCCGCGAGGAGGGCAUCUACCAGUGGAUCGCCAUCAACUUCGCACUGGGACGGUUCCGUCACGGCCACGACGGGCCGACGGUGACGGUGGAGACGGUCUCUGACCAGCCCAUCCGCCGGCUGGAGACGGUCGGAGCGCUCGACAUGGGCGGCGCCUCCAUGCAGAUCGGCUUCGAGAUCACAUCCGCCGAGCAGCUCAAGGCACUGGAGGGAAAGGUCCACCGUGCCUCGAUGGCCACUAUCAACCUGGGCUGCGCCGACCACGACCGGGAGCACACGUACCGCGUCUACGUCACGACUUUCCUGGGCUACGGCGCCAAUGAGGCCUACCGGCGUCACAGCGAGGCCGUCCGGGCCAGGUACACCAACACCACUCGCCGGCUGUACGACCCGUGUCUGGUCCGUGAUUUCACCGAGCCCCCUCCGGUGGUGCGUAACACCACAGCGUGCGCCGCCGCCGCCGCCACCGCCGCCACUUCUUCCAGUCAGUCGGCACCGGCGACCAACAGCUCAGCGGCCAGCGCCCACUCGGGCCCGGCCGGCUCCAACUGCACCAUUCCGGUGGUCGGCACCGGCGACUGGGGCCUCUGCGAGCAGAUGGUCCGCCGACAGAUCGUCGAGGAGCGCAUCACCCGGCUGUGUGAGGUGGCGCCCCCCGAGGGCUGCACGCGCACUCUGGUGCCGCCGCCCGUCAACCUAACCAAUGUCGAGUUCUACGGGUUCUCUGAGUUCUGGUACUCGAUGGAGGACACGCUGCGCAGCGGCGGCCAGUACAGCUACAGCCGCUUCAGCCAGACGGCCAAGGACUACUGCGCCACCUCGUGGCCCACGCUGCUGCGCCGGCGCGGUGAGGGCCUCUACGGCACCUCGGACGACGAGCGGCUGGCGCGCCAGUGCUUCAAGUCGGUGUACCUGACGGCGGCGCUGCACACGGGCCUGGGCCUGCCGCGCUCCUACGGCGGCCUGACGUCGACCGCCAGCGUGGUGCGCGGCCGGGUAUCCACCUGGACCCUGGGUGCGCUGCUCUUCAAACUGCGCUUCCUGCCAGUCAGGUCGGUGGAGGCGGCCACGUUCUCCUCGUUCCCGGCCGGCCCGUACGGCAUCUGGGGCUCCCAGUACCUGCUGCUCGCCUGCGUGCUCGUCGUGCUCGGCGUGCUGCUGCUGUACGCGCUGCGACUGCGCCGGCUGCGGCGCGGCCGGCCGCGCGCCCGUCUCCUCUCCGAGCACGAGCCCAUGCUGCUGGGGGUGAGCGUCAGCUGACGGCUGUCGGCCGUGUGACCCCCCCCCCCCCCCCCGGCGGCAGCUCCGUCAGAGUGGCGGGCUGACCGCUCCGCCGGGCACUGCACACGAAUCUGCACGCUUUAACGCGCCACUCACCGAAACCGAUAGUAUUCAUCUGUAUUCCUAGGUAGGGUGGACAGAAGGCGGCAUUAGUUCAGCUGUAUUGGCGCUAACUACUUACGCCUUUCAGAUAGCUGCUAGUGUCUUCCCAAUCGGUAGCGCGUUUUGAUUGAUGGCUGGACGCCCGGGCGGCAGGAGUGGCGACUGUAGGCAAAUGUAGAUGCGUCGCUACUGUCCCUCUGAGAAGCGUCUUUUUAGCUGCCGGGCUGACAAAGUCUUGGGGUAAUCAAAUAAUGUCGAUGUAGUUGUUAUUGCGCCUUGCGCAACUCCUAGAGUUCACACGUUGGUGACACGUCGUGUAUUGACAUCACUGUUAGCACAAGUUACUUGCGUGAGGUCCAAAGAACUAUGCCACAUGGCCUGUUUUUAAAUACGGCCAUCCGUAUCUGACGCAGACAUAAUAAUUGAUGCUUAAUUAUUGACCACGUUCCUGUUGGAAUGACCACCGUGCGGAUUGCGCUGGAUAAUGCACAUCCGUGUAUUUAUUUUAACUUAAAAGGACUGGGUGAUCUGCCUUUUCGUGUGUGAUCUGAUAGUGAUACGUAUAGGUACUGGAGCCAAGCGAUAUUUGGCUGCGGUUUUAUAUUAUUAGAGCUCUGUUUGGUGUAUGAGGUUUCUACGAGCCGGGUGGCUUUGGACUUGUGUGAGUAUGUGUGUCUGCACAGCGGUGAGGUGGUUAGGUGACUUUUAGAUGUGUGGGAGAAACAGGUGACUUUUAGAUGUGUGGGAGAAACAAUCAUGUGUGUUAUACUGAUUCACUUGCGAAUGCGAUACGAGCAACGCGAUAGUGCAACAUGGAGACUGCCGUGUGUGUAAAUGCGCGUUUUCCGGCCCCAUGCGAACCUUCCCGUGGCGAUAGACCGUUCGCCGAGCUGCACAGGGGCGGCGUGGCAGCAGCCUUCGCCGAUCGGUGCAAUACCCAACCAUCGUACUGUGAUCGCACAACUUACUGCAGACAACGAAAGAACAAUUUUAUAUAUUGUGUGAUGGUGGUGUUUCCGCGGAUACUGGGCGUGCGACACGAUGUGUGUGUGUGACUCUGCAAGAUGUUGCGUGUGGGUGUCGACUGGAGCGCUGGUGCUGUCGCGGUCUGGGUGCCCCGAUGUUGCGGCGCCCUUGGCCGCGUUGUGACACUGUCCUCAGCCGUAUAGACGCUGCUGCCUGUUCACAUCCUGGGCUUUCUUGGAAUAUAGGUGCUACGGAGA